GGAACCACAAAUAACUAAAAACGGCUUGACUAACGAUAUCUCUUUGCGGUAGAGGGAAGAAGAUAACCCUUUCAAUUAUAUGGCUUGUCGUAAAACAGUAAUUCUUAUACCAGCAUAGACAUAGGGGACACAAGAGGACACAUAUCCCCCUUUUCAGUGGAAGUGAUGAAUUGUAGCAUUUUUUGUUCACAUUUGCCCCCAUUUUUGAAUUGCUUUUUACACACCAUAAACCUUAGUGCAUGUUAAACUAAAUUUCUAUUCGUUUGACUGGGGCUUGAAUCGACAGCACAGAUUUGAGUGCAAAAAUCUACACUAACAUAUAAAAAAGUAAUUUUCUACUCCACAAUACUACUUGGACGAUCCCAAUUGUAGCAUAGAAGUAUAUCGACCCGGGAGCAGCUAAACUUAAGAGAGAAAAAGGAACGGCUUCAUGAAUUUCACACAUUCAUAAAACCACGUAAAGAAUUCUACUUUAUCCUUCCUUCGCAUUUUACUUUCUUCUUAGCAUUUAGAUCAGUUUUAACCUGCUGAAUGUAACAAAGGAAUGAAUUAAGGCUAACCUUUUAGCGUUUUGAUACUUAAGGAAUUGGAGAAAUGUGUGGCCUGGCUCUCUUUUGAUGUUGUCUAGGACCACUCUAUGUUAUCGACGACCUUUAUGUUAUCAAUCAGUGAAGUGAACAAUAAAAAACCAUUUGUUCUUGCUCGAUUCAACGAAUCUGCAUAUCAUUUGGUAACUGCAUAUCAAGCAGAAAACCCACAAUCUUCAUUUUGGAAACAAAGCCAAAACUCUGUGGGUAACAAUGUUUCGAUUCUGCUGGUAGUAAACAGUCGUUGAUUGUGUCAGGCAGGCAAUGAGCAGUUAAGAAUGGAUCUUGUGACGAUUCUCAUCGCAAGCUUGGUGCUGUGUGCUCUCAUCUAUGUGAAAAUUUUCAUUCGCCCAAAAUAUUUCCCGCCCGGCCCGAUUCCGCUCCCCGUUAUUGGAAACAUCCACCUCAUUGGCAGUGAACCCCAGAAAUCGUUGAAGGCCCUUGCAAAGAAAUAUGGCGAUGUGUUCAGCGUGUAUUUUGGAGGUUGGCCUGUUGUCGUCAUAAGCAACAUUGAAGCAGCUAAAGAGAGUUUGAUUCAGAAAGCAACUGAUUUUGCAGGAAGGCCAAUGUCUUAUACAGGAAUGGAAGUGGCCAGAGGGGAGGAGACAGGCCGAGGAAAAGACAUUGCUUUCUCAACAUACGGAGUGUAUUGGCAAACCAUUCGAAAGGUGGCUCACAAAGCAUUGAAGAUGUACGGAGAAAACAGAAUGCAGCUUGAAAGGACAAUCAUCACACACACAGAGGAACUUGUUGAAAGACUGGCGAACAAGGAAGGGCAGACAUUUGAUCCAAAAAAAGAUAUCUUUCUUACAUCGAUCAAUGUUGUAUGCCAAAUUGUAUUUGGAGCAAAGUAUAAUAUAGACGACGAAGAGUUCAAAAAAAUACUGCAUUACAAUAAAAUUAUGUUUGAAGGACUUGCCGGAGCGAACAACGUCGAUUUUCUGACGUGGCUGAGGCAUUUGCCUAAUCGUAACCUCAGAUUAUUGCGCGAGUCAGUCAUGCUUAGGGAACCGAUUGUAGAGAAAUGGCUACAAGCGCACCGCGAAACAUUCAAAAGGGGAAACGCUCGUGAUUUCACGGAUGGGUUGCUUGAGGCCGCGGAGGAGGAGAUAUCACAAAACAAAUCAAGUCGCGGCAUUUUAAGUGAAGAUACCAUUAAAUGUUUGAUGGCGGAUGUUUUUAGUGCAGGAUUAGAAACGACAGCAGUUACAAUGAAUUGGUUUGUAGCUUUUUCUGUGCUGUGGCCUGAAAAGCAGAGAAAAAUUCAUAAAGAGCUUGAUGAAGUUAUAGGCCGCGCGAGGAAACCUUGCAUGGAGGACCGCCACGCACUUAAUUACUUCGAAGCGGCUAUCAAUGAAACUGCGCGGUUCGCCUCCGUUGCACCAUUUACUAUACCGCAUUGCACGACUCGCGAUACUUCUGUAGCUGGCUAUAAAAUCCCCAAGGAUACACAUGUUUUCUACAAUUUGUACGCCAUACACCACGAUGAGCGUUACUGGGUUGACCCACAAGAUUUCCAACCCGAGCGAUGGCUGGAUGAAGAAGGCAAUUACGUUGCAGGCGCACACGCUUCUUUCCUCCCAUUUUCAGCCGGAAAAAGAGUAUGUUUUGGAGAGGCACUUGCUAGAAUGGAGCUCUUCUUGGUCCUUGCUCAGCUUUAUCAGAGAUUCGAAUUUUUACCAGCAAACAAGGAGGACUUGCCAAAACUUGAUGGCUACGUAUUUGCCACCCACGAACCAAAGCCGUACAAGAUAAUGGUUCGCAAGAGGUUUUAAUGUUAAAAAUAAUCGUGAAUUGGCAUAAUAUCAAAUCGUCAAGCAAAAUCACUUUCUGUCUUCUUUUUGGUGCCAUUGCCACUAUAAUCUUUCAGAAGCAAUAUUGACAAAAGUUUUCAAGCAGAAUUCCUUGUUUCUUGCUGCCUCGUACAUCAUUUGAUGAAUAAUUUCCCUUCCACCCUGCUAUUUCUCCCCAUAACCAGCUUAUUACCAGCCUUCUCUCUAUCAACCUUCACCCCACUGACCCUUCAAACUCUUUGCAGGUGUUUUCCUUAUUAAUUUAUCUCUCCAUUUGCAAUUUGUUUCCCUAAUAGUUCCCUCCAAUUGACCUAAUUCUUCAAAUCUAAAACUCAUAUCGUCUACAAUUAGCCCUUUUAACAUACCCUGCUGCAGCCCUUGGAAAGUUCCCCUGUCCCUACCAUUCUAACACUCUACCAUAUCCUAUGAAACCUAACCACAAUCUGCUUUCAUAAUCGUAAGACCUAACAAAAAGCCAAAGCUAAAUAUUACAUAUUGCAUUUCUUAAAAACAAAAAAGUUGCAUUUAGCCAGAAGAUGCAUGAUUCGAAAAUGCAAAUUUAUAGUGUAUCAAAUUCACUUUAAUAUGAAUAUUAACAAUUUAUACAAAUACUGGUCCGAGUCCUAAGCGGGUGAACUUUCACUAUAAAUAUCGAAUAAUAAAAUUAAAUUUACGAGAGACAGAAGCGUAUCCAGGAGGGAUGCACGGGUUUAUAUGCAGUUUAUUGACAAUCAAGCACUUUCAUUAAACAAUUCGGCAACAAAGGAUCCAAGAUACAAUCUUGAUAAACGAUAGUAUCCCAUCAACAAGGAAUAUCCUGUGGUUUCACCCUUGUCAAAACAUUUAAGAUGCAACUGCACGUUUACCUACUUGGAAAUCCUGAGGUUUAAGCAACGAUACCGGCUUUGCUGAAAGAUGGGAAGUAGGGUCAGGGUCCCAAAGAGAUUGCCAGCAGUUUCUAACAGCGAUACAUCCAUAUAGCAGUCAAGAUAUACAAUAAUCAGCAUUUAUCACCGAAUUACAGAGCCUGGGGUUUUCUUAAGCCACGACUAAAAACAAAGGAAAGAUACCUAGAUGUUAUUAGCAAUCCUAGGGAUUUUCUUGUGAAUGCAGAUGCAAUUUUUAGUACAUCAGUUGUGUGUAUGCAAUCGUUAUCUUUUUGCAAUGUUUUGGUUUUUCUUAAUCUUGCAUAUUUGCCUUUUUCACGAAUCUAAACAUAUCAUGAAUGGUCAUGUUCAUUUUCGUCUUUAUUGCUGCAACCAACGUAAGGUAUAAGUUGUGCAAAUUUAAGAUCCGCUCUUCUGUUGAGGGUUAAAAACAUUGCAUAUAAGACUCAUACCUUUUGCAAAUUCUUACUCCCACUACCAGCAAAUUCUCGAUGAUUCCGUGCACUUUAUUUAGGCAUCUAAACCCCCUUCCAUAGACUACAUAAGGAGAAAAUCGGCAAGGUCAUCAUCGUCACUAAAAUCUUCAAUUAAAUUCUCCUCAAAACUGUCACUUUCCUCGCAGCUUCCUUGUGUCUCCACUCCGAGCUGGCUCAAAGUUACUGAGUUCUCGUCAUCUUGUUUUGGAACCAUUUUCGAGUCAACUUCGGUGCCCAUGUCAUCGAUGUCUGUGGUGGCAUUUUCCAUUUGGCCGAGGGUAGCACUGAAAUGAUUUAUGAAUAGGAAGUCAUGAAACGAUCAAUUUUUGUGUUAUUAGAGGAAAGGUUUGAUGUGUUUUAUACCAGAAAUGCAGAUUUGGUCUAGGUUCAUUUAAUAUUCAGGCUUUGGUUUACUUCAAACUUUUGAACUACAAACUGGAUAUCAGAAUCUGCUUGAAGGCUUUAAGGGGUGGUGGGGGCUAUGACUAGAGGAAAUUCUCUACACAUCGCUGAAGGAUUGUAUUUUUAUAUGUCCAAAAUUGCAGACAUAUUAUCAAAGGAAAGAGAGGUUGUAGGACUUAAUGCAACAGUCAGUUUUUAUUCUUUAAACUCGUGUGGCAAACUGCUUACGAAUUAAAAAGUUUACGUACACUAUAAAAAGAGCUCAAGAAACAUGCCAAUGAUAAAAUAAUAUAAUCAUUAUCAUCAAAACAGUCGUCUGUAAAUAGGCUGCUGAUCAAUGAAUCAGAAAAUGAAGGAGGGGUUGAAAUGAAGAGAAUUCACCAAAAAAGAAAAUAAAUUCCGGCUCAUUAUGAUUAAGUUAGGAAACGUACCUUGGCCGAUAUGAAUUGAUAUUAAAACGAGAUAUCAUUUGAACGAAGGAGAUAUGACCUGAAAUUAAAAAAUUGCUUUUUGGAAAGAUAAAUAAACUGAUCUUUUUAACAAGCAACUGGUUUACGAGCAACUAGGGCUGGAGUCACUUGAACGACAAUAUAAGAACGACUCAAUAAAGAAGCUGUGGCAAGUUAUACUUAAGAUUUCGACAACUUUAGGUUUUGAAGACUUCAAUUUGAAGGUGACAAACUUUGACACGUUGUUGUUUAAUUGUUGGUUCUUGAACCUCAUUGGUCGCAAAAUAAAGAGAAAAAUGCAACCAUAGCAACGAUUUUAAUGAAUUUCGCAGCAUAAAAUUCUAAAACAGUUAUUGAGCUGGAAAUAAGAUUCAAAAUUUCUCAAUCUUUCUCCCGAAGAAAAUCUUGAGUAUACAAAGACUGAGCGUUGCAUAGUG